AUGCCGAUCAAUUUGCACUACCUCCGGUUCAAAAAGCGAUUUACACCUAAAGUGCAUUCCCUUGUUAGAAAACGUAACACGGGAUGUCCUGUUUUAUCCGUAUUGCAUCAGCAUCUGCCUUCUCCGAGAAAAAGAAGAAAAGCCCUGGCCAAGUGUUUCUACUCGGUUUGCUUUUUAUUAUAGUUUUGGCUCCAAGCCAGCUUUAUUUUUUUCCGUUUUAAAAAAAACGCUUUUUCUUUGUUUUCAGAUGGCUGAUGACGAUUCUAUGGAAAAGGACAAUCGAGAAAAUGAUCUUCAUCACGAAGCGGCAUUACUAGAGGAAGGCGAGGAAACCAAGAUACAACUGAAACAGAGGAUCUCGCUGUUCAAUGGAUGCGCGAUUAUUGUGGGAGUAAUUGUGGGCUCCGGCAUUUUUGUCAGUCCUCGAGGUGGGGAUUUGAUUUAUUAAUUACCUGAAUUUAGGUGUUAUUGAACAAACCGGAAGUGCGUUCUUGUCGUUGGUGGUAUGGAUGUUUUGCGGAAUAUUCUCCUUACUUGGUGCCCUCUGUUAUGCAGAAUUAGGAACCACCAUCCCGAAAAGUGGAGGGGAUUAUACCUAUAUCCACGAAGCUUUUGGCAAAGUCCCAGCAUUCAUUUUUCUGUGGAUGGCAUUGAUUAUUGUGAAUCCAUCUUCCAUUGCAAUCAUGGCUUUGACGUUUUCAACGUAUUCUUUACAGCCUUUCUACCUGGAUUGUACUAUACCUCAAACUCCGAUUAUUUUAUUAUCUGCUGUUAUGAUAAGUAAGUGUGCUUCCUCUUAAAAGCAAUGUUGUUUUUAGUUUUCUUGACUUUCAUCAAUUGUUACAAUGUACGGUGGUCUACCAAGACUCAAGAUAUAUCCAGUGUUACUAAAGUGGCUGCACUUUUGCUAAUUGUUUUUGCUGGUGUCUAUCAUUUCUUAACUGGUAAGUGUUGUUUGGUUCCUAUUCGAGGUAUCCUAGGUUCAUCCAAUAACUUUAACUGGGAAUCGUUGAACUCUGGAAGUAAUAUGAGCAUUGUUUCAUUGGCUUUGGCCUUUUAUCAGGGAGUAUUCAGCUUUUCUGGAUACAAUUACCUCAACUUUGUGACUGAAGAAAUAAAGGAACCAAACAAGUAAGUCAUCGAUUCCCUGCGUUUUAACUAUCAUCCAAGAAACCUUCCACGUGCUAUUUACCUCUCCAUUCCCGUGGUAACUGUGAUCUACUUGUUGGUGAAUAUGGCCUACUUUGUUGCGUUGACGCCUCAGGAAGUGCUGUUGUCGCCUGCGGUAGCCGUAACUUUUGCCAAUCGAGUGAUGGGGUUUCUGUCGCCGUUGAUGCCCUUCUUCGUGGCUAUCAGUUGCAUUGGCUCUGUGAACGGGAUCAUUUUUACUUCUUCUCGGAUGUUUUUUGCCGGAGCACGGGAUGGCCAGCUCCCCGAACUCUUGGCCAUGAUUCAUGUUAGACUCCUGACUCCUAUUCCAUCUUUGAUCGCCCUAUGUUUACUCAGUUUGGUGAACAUCUUCGUCUCUGAGCUUCGUGAUUUGAUCAAUUAUCUGUCCUUCGCGGAAACGGCGGUGGUGUUCAUGUCUGUGGCUGCUUUGCUUAAGUUGAGAAUCUGUUCUCCCGAGAUUCCCCGUCCUAUUAAGUUCAAUCUGUUGGUGCCACUCUCUUUCUUGGCUAUCUGCUUGUUUAUUUUGGUCACUCCAUUUGUUAGGAGUCCGAUUGAAUUGAUCGCUGCCGCCAUCAUCAUCUGCUCCGGGGUUCCAGUUUACCUGGCAUUUGUACAAGUUAAAGCCAAACCGGCUGUUUUAUACACGCCAUGGGGUAAGACGACAUCUUCUUCAUUCAACUCUUACAUUAAUUUGCGUAAUUACAAUUAUUUAUUUUAGUUUACUUCACUCAGUCCAUGCAGAAACUUCUGCUUUGUGUGACGGAAGAUGAACACACGGAAUAA